GCUUCCCAGAAGGCCCAGCGCCGACUAGGGGUUUGCUGCUGCUCCGUCAUCGUGCGGCCCGACGCGAUCCCGCGCUCGUGUGCAGGCCAGGCUCGGUUCCCGGUCCCGGGUGCGAGGGUUUACGCGAGGCCCCGGCCUCGGUUCCCGGAUUAGGCCGUGACUCCGGGCGCUAUGAAGCAGGACGGCUCGGCUCGGCGCCGCGGCACGGACAAGGCGAAGCAGCCGCCGGGCGGAGGGGAACAAGAACAACCACCGCCCCCAGCGCCCCAGGAUGUGGAGAUGAAAGAGGAGGCGGCGACGGGUGGCGUGUCAGCGGGAGAGAGCGACGGCAAGACGGCGACCGCUGAGCACUCUCAACGAGAGCUGGACACCGUCACCUUGGAGGACAUCAAGGAGCAUGUGAAGCAGCUAGAGAAGGCCGUUUCGGGCAAGGAGCCGAGAUUCGUGCUAAGGGCCCUCCGGAUGCUUCCCUCCACAUCCCGCCGCCUUAACCACUAUGUUCUGUAUAAGGCUGUGCACGGCUUCUUCACCUCAAAUAAUGCCACUCGGGACUUCCUGCUACCCUUCCUGGAAGAGCCCAUGGACACAGAAGCCGACUUACAGUUCCGUCCUCGCACAGGAAAAGCUGCUUCAGCACCCCUUCUGCCUGAAGUGGAAGCCUAUCUCCAACUCCUCAUGGUCAUCUUCCUGAUGAACAGCAAGCGCUACAAAGAGGCACAGAAAAUCUCAGAUGACCUAAUGCAGAAGAUAAGCACCCAGAACCGCCGGGCCCUAGACCUUGUGGCCGCAAAGUGUUACUAUUACCACGCCCGAGUCUAUGAGUUCCUGGACAAGCUGGAUGUGGUGCGCAGCUUCUUACAUGCUCGACUCCGGACAGCUACCCUUCGGCAUGACGCGGACGGGCAGGCCACCCUGCUAAACCUCCUGCUGCGGAAUUACCUACACUACAGCUUGUACGACCAGGCCGAGAAGCUGGUGUCCAAGUCGGUGUUCCCAGAGCAGGCCAACAACAACGAGUGGGCGAGGUACCUCUACUACACAGGGCGAAUCAAAGCCAUCCAGCUGGAGUACUCAGAGGCUCGGAGAACAAUGACCAAUGCCCUUCGCAAGGCCCCUCAGCACACAGCUGUCGGCUUCAAACAGACGGUGCACAAGCUUCUCAUCGUGGUGGAGCUGCUGCUGGGAGAGAUCCCGGACCGGCUGCAGUUCCGGCAGCCCUCCCUCAAGCGCUCGCUCAUGCCCUACUUCCUUCUGACCCAAGCUGUCAGGACAGGAAACCUAGCCAAGUUCAACCAGGUCCUGGAUCAGUUUGGGGAGAAGUUUCAAGCAGACGGAACCUACACCCUCAUCAUCCGGCUGCGACACAACGUGAUUAAGACAGGCGUACGCAUGAUCAGCCUCUCCUAUUCCCGAAUCUCCCUGGCUGACAUCGCCCAGAAACUGCAGCUGGACAGCCCGGAGGAUGCAGAGUUCAUCGUUGCCAAGGCCAUCCGGGAUGGCGUCAUUGAAGCCAGCAUCAACCAUGAGAAGGGGUACGUCCAGUCCAAAGAGAUGAUUGACAUCUAUUCCACCCGAGAGCCCCAGCUCGCCUUCCACCAGCGCAUCUCCUUCUGCCUGGAUAUCCACAACAUGUCCGUCAAGGCCAUGAGGUUCCCUCCGAAAUCCUACAACAAGGACCUGGAGUCCGCAGAGGAACGGCGGGAGCGGGAGCAGCAAGACUUGGAGUUUGCCAAGGAGAUGGCAGAAGAUGACGACGACAGCUUCCCCUGAGCUGGGGGCCUGGGGACGGGUUGGGUGAUGGGAACUGGCUCCUUCUCUCCCCCUGCCCAGGGACCUGGCCCCUUUUCCCACACACAGCUCACUGGCUGCACAUGUGCAGGGGGGGGGGUCCUGGCAGCUGGCCAUCCCCACCUCAACCCAGGGCCCCUCCCCAGCCGGUGAGUUAGCACUCUGCGGGCAGGAGGACCGGCAGGCGGCCUCCCAGGGCAGGGUCCUGGCUAGUGUGUGGGCAGCAGGAGGGGCAUAGCCCUGAGCUCUCCUCCAGGGAGCAGGGGGCAGGAAUUGGGACGUGUUGGGUUAUAUGUUUUUUGAAGCUUCAAUUAUGAUUUUUAAACAAUAAAAAGUUCUCCAAA